CCCCUUCCCUCGCCUAUUUGCCAUCAUGGCGGAUGUGCGUCACAACUCCACUGGCACCCGCAGCCUCCUGGCCAGGCUGGCGGGACGACAAUUCAUGUGAGCAAGAAAAGCAGCCGUGCAUUGAAGGGAUAGCAGCAGGCCAGUGACAUCUGCUCUGUGUAGAUAUACAGGUAUUGAUUCGUGAGGGCGAUGCUGCGAGUGUUGACGGUGAUGGUGGUGGCGGCGGCGAGCGGGAUGCUGGCGGUGAUGGUGGUGGACGCCAAGCCUACCAAGGGCCCGCACUUCGACUCUUCCAUCAAGGACUUCGACAACGAGCGGACGUGUUGGACGGGCGAGGUGUGCAAGAUGGAGUUCCAGUCGGAAUUCCGGUGUCGGUGUCCCCACUGGUCCUGGUGCCGCAGCCCGGGCCGCUACUACCACGCCUACUGCUCCAUGUCCGCCCUGGGCUACAUUUGGGUGCAGCAAGGAGGGCCGCUACCCGAGGACGCCCUGUAUGAGUAGUAAGGGCUUGCGUCUCCCAGCUGACUGACUAAUAAAUAUGCUGCAUGGACUGUGUUCCUCAAGCAUCGUUGUCAUGUACAUAGUUUGCUCUCGCAUAUCAAGUUGUUACAUUAAGAAUUAAACAUCUUGUAAUCUCU